AUGGCCUCUUCCCCAGACCUAGACACCCCAAUGCCACCAGACCACCGCACAACUUCCGGCCUCCUAGCAGAAUAUUACAUCUUAACGGUAAUCGCCCUGGCUCUCGUUCUCCUACGAGCAUGGGUAUGCCUCCGCCUAACCAGAAACUGGGGCUGGGACGACACAUGCAUCGUAAUCGCCUGGAUCGCCCUCCUAGCCGGCCUCAUAACAAUCCAACUCGAAGCCAACCUCGGCCUCGGCCGCCACGCCAUCUACCUCCCGGACCCAGAGCACACGGUCCUCCAAAUCCUAAAGGUCAACACAAUCUACCAAAUAUUCAACGUCAUCUGCGCCCUGGUAACCAAAUACUCAAUCAGCUUCUACAUCCUCCGAAUCCGAAACAGCCGUGCUGUGCGCUGGAUACUAGCCUGGCUCAUGUUAUUCAUGACACUAACUACUAUCGGUGCCGUCGUCAUUCUCGCUGUCUCCUGUAUCCCGCUAGAGAAACAGUGGAAUAAGGAUGUCCCCGGUACUUGUCUACCCCCGAAGACUGUGUACAGCGUUGCGUAUGUUCAGUCCGCGUUCACGAUCGUUAUCGAUCUUUGCUUGACCUCGGCUCCGGUUAUCAUCCUCUGGGAUGUGAAGAUUAAACGCGGUCGCAAGACGCUGAUAUGUGGGCUUAUGAGUCUCGGUCUUGUUGCUACUGUUUCGAAUGCUUUGAGGAAUUGUUAUCAGGGUGGAUUGACCGCGCCGGAUAUGCCUUAUGCCAUAACAAACGUAGCCAUCGUUUCAAUCCUCGAAGUCGGAACCGGGGUUAUUGCCGCUUGUAUCCCGGCCUGCGUUCCGGCUUUCCGGUGUAGACAGAAAGCCGAGCCAGUGGCGAAUAGUUAUCGGGACAAGAAGAUUUCUGUUAUUAGGGGAGGUCGGUGGGAUGAGGGUUCUGGCAAUUGGUCGUUGGGGAAUGCUAUGUCUGAUUCUAUUGCGUUGUGUGGAGUUAAGUCGCCGGGUAGGGUUGUUACCAAGGUGACGGCUUGUUAG